GUAUCAGGUACGCGUGUAGGCUGCGACGUGCUUGUUAUUUAUCGUGGAGAGCUCAUUAGAGAGGAAAGCGCCAGCAGAAUACUUAACUUUUACCGUUUCUGCAAAAUGUCUUUCCAAGACGAUGAAUCCUCGGACGCCGGACUGAGCGGUCAAUCCAGGCUGGAGAGCUUCCUGUUCAGUUGCGAGCUGUCCUCCAAAGUACCUUUCUACACUUUCCAAGGAGAUGAGGAGGAGGAGGAGGACCUGGAGCACUUCCUUGAACUCAGAACAGUUUGCUUAGGUAACGGUGCCAAGGAGGAGAGCAAUGUGGUGGAGGUGACAGCCAUGAACCACCAAGGAAAGACGAUCUCGGUGCCCAUUGCCAACCUUCACAUCAAGUGUCUCCCCAUGGUGAGUCUGGGAGAGUUUGAGCUGAAAGCCCCAGUCACCAUCCGACUCAAGGCCGGCACAGGGCCAGUUUCUGUCAGUGGGCUACACCUUAUUGUCUCACAGGUCGAAAACUCCGAUGUGUCUGAGGAUGAAGAUGAGGAGGAGGAAGAAGAGGAAGAGCUGCCUGCUAUCAAACCAGCAAAGAAGAAGCAGAAGCAGUAGGCGGCGAGUUCACUGAUGGAUUUUUUUUUUCUUAUUCUUUUUUUUCUGAAAUGGCUCACUCUCUGAUGCAUUUUAAGAAAUAACACUUUUUUUGUACCAGACGGACACAUUUUGCAAAGUUCCCACUUCUUCCACACCGGCCGCAUGAACGCUGUGUGUGGUGGCAGCUAAUGGUGCAGUCGGAGGAAUCACGACGGGCUCUGAUGUUCUCGCCUCUCCUCGGUUUCUCACUGCGAGCGUUGCAGCAGUGUAACUCACUUGUAGAAGAACUGUUUUUUUGCUACCCACAGUUUUAUACUGUAUAUAAUUCAGUCGCCACUGAAGGUGGUGGAAGAGGUGUCUUUUUACCACCAGCGGAUCCCGGUAUUGUUUAAAAAGGCCGAUCUGGUAAAAAAUAAAUAAAAACAUUGUCGUGCACUUGUCAGACGGGAAAGAAAAUGCGUCAAACCGAGUGGUGCAGACGGAUGAUGACGUGCGUACGUCUUGAUUCGUAGGAGUGUCACCCGAUUCCUGCCAGUUGUGAUAUCAGAAUACUGUUUUUCUACGUGAUGUUUCAAUCCUAAAUGUGAAGAUUUGUACUUACAGUUAGAACAAGAAAGCAAUUUUGUCCAAAUAAAUGAGAAAUUCAGGCACAAUAAAUAAAAUUCACAGUU